CUAAGAACCACGAACACCAGUAGGCACCACACGUCACGACAGCUAGAAAUAUUUCUCAAAAUCGUCUCAAAAAACAUCACAAUUUUCAUUCGUCGUUUUCGUUACCUACCGGUAGAUGAUCUGAGACAUAUGGUACCGGUAUUUGAAGAAUCGAAAAGCCCAAAGCGAAAAGAAAGAUAGCCAUAUUAAGAACUCGCUUUUACGAGGGCAAUCAAUAAUACUACGAAAAAGAGGAUACCUUGGCAUGAAACCCUUGUCCGUACAAGCACCGCUAUUCCGGUCUGGAUUGUUGGUUGUCGUCUCUGUUUUAAGUUUUUGCUCAAAAAAUGGUUUGUUUGUAGUCGAGUCGUUUACCCUGAAAAGAGAUGCCGCCAGGUGUAAAGUUGAUAGAGAGCAAUCGUUACAAGCAUUUGAGGCAACCUGGAUCAAUGCGAGACGAAAAAGUACAUCAUUAUUUCAACAACGACAACAGGCUCGUCGAUGGAACGGAAACUACAAACACAAAAGCAAGAAACUAUCAGACGUUCCCAAGUCUAAAAAACUCAUGCUCAACCUGACGGCCAAUGGAGUAACAAAGACGCUCGAGAAGAAACGAAUGGAAACUCUUCAGCACGUUUUGACAAAAGCAAUGAUAUGGAAGAUGUUCAUGAGCGAUUAUCCCAAUCUGGAGAUUGAAUUGGAUAUUGGUGAUCCAGAUUACCUGCCAGAUGUUAUUGGAGCAACAUCCAAAUGCUACGACAAUGCGAGCAUUGUGUUUUGGGGAGAGUCCGGACGGAUGAAGGUUCACAAGGCCUUGGAUCUGAUGCGGCGCUACCCCAACGCACACAUCGUUCAUUGCCGAUGGGCUAUUGACAUCGAAUCGUUCAUGGGGCCAUUUGUCGAGUACCUAGAGACAGAACUUUUCGACGAGGAUACUUCUUGGUGGAAGGGAAAAUUUUCGUUUGCUUCACUGCCACUGGAAGUAUGGGACUUUAUCAAUGAAGAUACCGGGACAAUUCUGAUAGAGAAGAGUGAUCUCUCGUGGCGAGAAUUAGAUCUUUCACAAUUAGACUUCAAUAGAACAUCUCUGGACGAAGACAAUAUUUGAAAUACAGCUUAAUACUAGGGACCAUAAGAGAAAUACCACAAAUUAUCCAUUUAACGUUUGUGCAUCCAGUAAGAAACACCAUCGGUUACUCGAGAUACUACCACAAAGAACGUUUUUGGCGUAAUAGAUGUUUUUUGCCAUG